UCUCUCUAUAUAUAUAUAUAUAUGUAUAUAUAUGUAUAAAUAUAUAUAAUACGUAUAUCCUUUUUUCUGGGUAACGUUUCCUUCUGUCAUAAGUAGUAUUUAUCAUUUCUUGAUCAUGGUUUGGCACUGGCAGAGUUGUGAACUGAAAGUGAACACCAAAUCCCGCGGAUGGCACAAGACCUUGACAAAGAUGUUUGGCCGUAUCAAGGAAGUCUCUUACACCAUUGAUGGACAAACGGGAAUUGCACGUGUCUCUGGAAGAAUCGAUCCACACAAAAUUUUGAAGCUGUUAGAAAAAGCUGGGAAACAUGCUGAACUCCUCAAAGUUGACUCUGGGCAUCAUCAGUAUGGUACAACAGCUUUCGUCGACGAAAAUGGUUAUCACUAUAGCCCUGGAUACUCUCACUAUGAACCAACAACACCGCCACUGCCGCUGCCACCGCCGCCUUCUCACCACACAUACUAUGAGCCAGGUUUUCAGCACCAGCCACCGCCUAUGGAUCCCUAUCAUGAUCCACACUCCAGAGAUUCCAAACAGUGCCCCAUCAUGUGAGCAAUAAAAAAUAUCAAGUUUUU